GGCACACUACUUGAGCGUCUCCGCAUGUCCGAGCCUGGACAGUCAUGUAAUUGACUGGCAGCUGCUUCAUCGACUGUCGAAGCUCGUUGAAGUGUCUCUGAGAUACAUGCUCGUUCCGCUUUCAUUUGCUCCUAAGCAGAGUGACAUCCGAGCUUUGCAUUAAGCCUCUCGCCGUGACUGCGGCGUCGAACAACUGCUUUCGACAAGCUGUUGACUUCUUGGCCAUAAUUAUCUAAGACAAUGGCAUCCAAAGAUUCGCCAAAGAGAAUUGGUGUGCUCCUCAAAACUGGCCGAUGACGCAAAAUCGGGUUGCGGAGACCACUCUCCACUGCGGAGCAGUCCGCCCAUGGUGGUCUGCGCACAUUCGCUGUCAAUCGAAACACUUGAAAAGAAGAAGACUUCGAAUAUGAGCGCUGAUCACACAAAUUGCUCCAGUAAGGAGGCGCUUUUUGCUACUUCUUCAACGCCACAUCAUCGUGACAUCCUAACACGUCUCGCACAGGCAAGAGCGGCCUUGGAGAAGAAAUAUGAGAAGGCCCAGUACUCCCAAGAUCAAAAUCGAGCUCUAGAAAUCAAGCAUAGACAAGGCCUUGGGCUUAAGAAUGUGACACCUGGUCGCAAGUUCGAAGCAGUGACAGCAGGACGAGGUUCUUCUGGGCGGUGGUGGUCGUCAGAUUCACCCACAGAACCAGCAUCUCAACAAAGGGCUAGGAAGGUAAGCUUUGAUAGCGAGGGUUUUGCCAAAGAAAAACCAAGCGAUCUACGCGAAGCCAAACGAAAACGUCCUGCGUUGAACUCGCAGUCUGCGCUUCGAGAUGCGCGACCAAACAUUGACGUUUCGAAAUCUGCACAAGAGGAGUAUGUAAUCUUCAACAUCACCUCCGGUGGCCCGCCGCCGGGCUUUGUACCACAAUGCCAGCGCGAUGCGUCGAAGCGUGCAAAGGUGACCAGGCGGACCCAAUCAUGUCGAAAACGGCAGACGAUACAAUGUCCUAAGAGCCUUAGUGUGUUGCCUCCCAAUCACGUAAAGCGCAAUGCCCCAACUGAGAGUGAAUUAUCUGUGGAUACUUCACGGGUGUCUUUCCCGAAUAUCCGAACUGAGAACAUCUUCUCAUCGUCAGCCAGGUCUUUCUGGAACGAAGGACAACGAAAUCAAACUCAGUUUCGACUAGGGAAGUCCCAAUCUUGUCCGCCUUGUCUGAGCUGUCCAUGGCGACGAAUUUCCAGAUCUGAAAAUGUUGGCGUUGAGGUGCGCGGCCGCUCGAGGAGACCCAAAAUUCUCAACUAUGGAACUCACUUCUCUCUUGGACAUCGCCCAACCACCUCUUAUUGCAGUAGCCACAAUAGCAAUCAGACAAUUGCCCUGCAAGCCUGGAAUGAGCGAAUUUUCACCUACAAAUUCUUCGCAAGUCUUGCGACACCUUCUUCUUCCCCAGCUUACUUGACAACGAACACGAACUUGCAAAAUACUUCAAAUCUGUCUGCAAAACAGCUUGAAUCUUCCUAUCAAAAGCACAAUAUCCGUCCCUACGCCGAACACUGCCACUCCUGUCCGGUAUAUCCUAGUUUUCGAGAUCGAUUGUUCACCAAGUUUGACGACAUGUAUCACUUUCAAGAGAUCCAGAGGACUGAGCAGUCUAGUUUUGAAAGUGCUUCUGCUAGUCGGUUUCUUCAGCAACCAAGGCUGCCGCAGCAAUUCGUUCCUCAACAUUAUCCAACGUACACAACGAUCACGGGUCAGAAAUAUUUUUCGGUGCAAACUCAAUACCCUCAAAUCCAUACGAUGUACCAUAGAUUGCUGCUACAACAGCCGCAGCUCGCUUUCUGGAGCAUGUCUGCAUACAUGGAUGCGUCGAAUCAACAGUAUCAAACUCUGCCUAAAUUUGCUUCAAUGCAACCCCUGAAUUAUGAUAUUACCCAGCAAGGCGGUGGUUAUGACGAUGAUGUCCAGGUCAUUAGCCACGUUCGCCAUCCUCUACCUAUGCCCAUGCCCCGGGAGUCUUCGACACAGUUUGCCUUUCCUAGUGUUUUCAGCCCAGAAAAGCUAGCCGUCGACUCGUCGAUUACUUCCCUAGAAUUGACGCCAGCAUCUCCAACUCCAGAAAGCCCUCCAAAACCGACAAUAUCUUCUCCAACCUGCUCUCCUCCUCGUCUAUCUGCGCCAAGGUGGACGAUCAAGUAUGAGUGGGAUGCCGCCCGCGGGCCGGGUGCUCAGCAGUAUACACCAACCGAUGGAACAGAGCCUAUCCCUACACUCGAAGGCUGGUUCCGCUACGAAAAGAAACGAGGGUAUUUGAAACCUGCAUCACGGAUUGACUUUGAGGUCGCGAUUCCGUCGUUUGGAAUCUGUCGGGGUAGCAGGAUGUGCUUCUGGGCUUUGGAAGCGAUGAUUGAAGGGAAGGCUUAUCCUAAGGCUAACAAUGACAUGAGCAAAGAAAGUGAAAAGGUGCGGCAAAAGCUGGCAAAGAGGAAGACAUCUCGUGAGUGGGUUAAGACGAAAAAAUCGGUUCUGAGGGAGAAAGAGAAAGUGGAAAAGGCAGCAGCAGCAAAGGCCACGAGGAUGGAACGGAUGAAGGCUAAGAGGGAAGAGAUGAAGAAGAAGCUAUAUAAACAAGAGCAAGAGAGGGUUCAGAGUAAGGAGAAGGGAAUGCUUGAAAGGAAGGUGAAAGAGAUUAUGGUGGCUGUGGAACAUGAAUAUGUUGAGGACGUGGAAGAAGACUUAGAAAUGAAGGAAAUGGUGAGGGAACUUGAAUUAGAAAUGGAGAGCGAAAGAGCUGCAGAGGAGAUGAGAGACGUGGAAGUUAACUUGAUUGAGGAAAAGUUAGCUGAAGAAGAACAUAUGGAUCCUGUCAAGGUCCAUGGGGAAGCUACUGUCGAAUAUUUGAGCGACAGCGAGACCAGUGAGGAGGAGUAGACGGUGGAGAUCAAUUGAAGGAAAUGGAGCACAGUAAGGUUGGUACAUACCUUCGCUCUGCAUGGGAGUUACUGGCUUUACAAUUUGACUCUUCGGCAAUAUACCCUUUUCUAGGGCCGGAUUCAAAUGCAAUCGCAUAUCAUGGCUCUUUCACUGAAUACCAUUUAACGUGCGGAAAUCAGAUGUUAUUUUAUUAUCAGCUCGUAGAUGAAUACCAAGG